AUGUCGUCCACGGGGGCAGUAGCAGCAGCAGCAGCAGCAGCAGUAACAGCAACUGCGACAGCAACAUCUGCGAGUGAUAAUGAGUCGUCCACCACUCUGGCCAUUGCUCCCUCGAUUGUGACCACGACAGUCCCCAUGGUCAGCGUCUUCACUCCUCCCGCCUCCUGUUCGUCACGAUGGACCUAUGAAGCUUCGACUUAUAACGGGAUUACCAGCGGGGUUCUGAUACAAAAUGCUUUCUUCGUCGACACCGAAUGCUUUCCUCCUGGCUUCCAACAGAAUGGACGUGUUCUUGUCAACCAGGUCUUCAGCCCAGGCGUAUGUCCGGAACACUAUAGCACUCAGCAAUUCCUCGUGCGAGACUCCGUCACCACAGCUACCUGUUGCCCGAGUGACUUCUCGUUCAACGGGGACCCGGUAUACGGUGGAUGCAUUAGCACCUUCACUGGCGCCACUCGCGUCGCAGCACGAGCGGGUGGGUUCGGCAGCAAGGACUACAUCACCAGCACCAGCAUUUCAGGAACAUAUACAAUGUGGGGGAUGCCUCUGGUCGUCCAAAUCGAGUCAACCGAUCGAGCUCUAUAUGCAACCGCCCUCCCACCAUCCGCUGCAGCCUCUUCCACACUCGCGACGACCACCUCCUCCUCGUCUUUGUCGUCGCACUCCAGCGCCUCCCCCAUUCAGCCUCCUAUCCAGACUUCCGUUUCCUCCGCCUCCAGUGGACUCUCGGCUGGUGCCCAAGCGGGUGUCGCUGCUGGUGCGGCUGUGGGCGCCCUGCUGAUCCUGGGACUGUAUAUCCUAUGGCGACGAGGGCGGAGGAAACCCAAGGCUGAGAAAGAGUCUUUGCAACCUAGUGAGUUACAGGGAAUCCCAGUCUCGGAGGUUGCUGGUACUCCACAGAAAACCAUGCGGCAUUCAUCCUUUCAGAUGUGUGAGCUGCCAACAUAA